AUGAGAAAGAAAAUAAAGUUGUUGGAAGAAGAAAACUGUGACAUGAGAAAGAGGAUGCUUCUCCUAGAAGAAAAGAAAAUGCUUCCAGAAAAGAAACGAGAGGGUGGUUCUUUUGGGUUUGGAGGAGAUAGAUACACCCCAGCAUCAGUGGAAUACCAACCAGCUGUCAUUUGUUCCAUCAAAAGAACAUGUCACUUCGGUAACUUGGGUAUCGUCUACGAGUUCUAG